UCGCAGGAAGCAUCCUGGUUGCCAUGGACAUUCUCCCAGAGCCUUCACCCGGGCAGGCAAGUUGGCUUGGCCCCAACCUGGGGCUGGUCUGGACAUCUGUGUCCCCUCCUUCUGUCCCCACUGGUGUCUGGCCAUCCUCCCAGGCAGGCCCUCCCCCGCCUCGCUGCCGCAGGAUGGGCGAGUUCGGCGAGAAGACGACGACAUGUGGCACCAUCUGCCUCAAGUACUUGCUCUUUACCUUCAACUGCUGCUUCUGGCUGGCUGGUCUGGCCGUCAUGGCCGUGGGCAUCUGGACACUGGCCCUCAAGAGCGACUACAUCAGCCUGCUGGCCUCAGGCACCUACCUGGCCACAGCCUACAUCCUGGUGGUGGCGGGCGUUGUCGUCAUGGUGACCGGGGUUCUGGGCUGCUGCGCCACCUUCAAGGAGCGGAGGGACCUGCUGCGUCUGUACUUUGCCCUGCUCCUCGUCAUCUUCCUGCUGGAGAUCAUCGCGGGAGCCCUGGCCUACGUCUACUACCAGCAGCUGAACGCAGAGCUCAAGGAGAACCUGAAGGACACCAUGACCAAGCGGUACCAUCAACUGGGCCAUGAGGGCGUGACCAGCGCUGUGGACAAGCUGCAGCAGGAGUUCCACUGCUGUGGCAGCAACAACUCGCAGGACUGGCGGGACAGCGAGUGGAUCCGCUCGGGCGAGGCAGGCGGCCGCGUGGUCCCUGACAGCUGCUGCAAGACCGUGGUGGCCGGCUGCGGGCAGCGCGACCACGCCUCCAACAUCUACAAGGUGGAGGGCGGCUGCAUCACCAAGCUGGAGACCUUCAUCCAGGAGCACCUGAGGAUCAUCGGGGCCGUGGGCCUCGGCAUUGCCUGCGUGCAGGUGUUCGGCAUGAUCUUCACGUGCUGCCUGUACAAGAGCCUGAAGCUGGAGCACUACUGACCCUGCCCGCGGGCCGGCCCUCCGUGCGCUGCAGCUUCUUGCCACGCGUUGACUACUGACGGCCAGGGAGCUGCGGUCCAGCACGCGGCCCUGCCCCUUGCCUGCCAGGGUCUCCCCCUGGUGUUCUCGUGCCUGGGCCCCCCCGCCCCCCACACCGUGCCAUCACCGUGACCUCUGGGGAUCCCCAAACCCCGGAGGCAGCUUCAAGUGCCUUUAGCUGCACACCAAAGUCCCAAGGCCUGGGGUCAGCCCUGCCUGCCUGCCUGUCUGCUGGGCUGGG